CUAGCCUUCCUGCUCGCCUCAAGUUCCGGCGCUGCUCCUGCGGGAGCGUUCCGCGUCGCUCCGCAGCCAUCGACGGCUCCCAGUACUUCUGAGCUUCAGUGGGCGAGGGCCUGCAGGUUUCCUCCAGCCAGGGACGGCGGAGAGCAGAGGCGAAGGCACUUGAGGCCUUAGGCCGUGGCUGCCGGGGCGGGUGAGACGCGCCCAUCCUCGGCCAUUUGAGGCGCGCGCGGCCCUCGCGGGACUCCGCCGGCGACCCGUAGCUCGGGCACGCGCCUGUCGCAGCCUGCAGGAAGGAGGGGUCCGGCCCGAGGCCCGGGGUGGCGACCGCCAUGGAGAUCCCCUCGGCCCAGAGCGGGCGCCUAGGGCCUUGGGGGCGGCCCUGAGCGCCCUCCUCCCUGCCCAGGCUGGGUCGCGGACGUGCCCCCGCGGCAGUCGGCCACAUCUGCGUCCCCGCCCUCUCUGGGCCGCGCUGCUGCCUGGGCGCGGCGGCGGCGGCGGCGCCCUAUUGAAUGGGCUGUGCGGGCCCAGGUUUGAAGCGCUGGCGAACGCGGCCUCCGGGGGCGCAAGGCAGCAGCAGCGGUGGCGACCAAACGGGUGCUGGAGUUGGCGGCGGCCAUGGAAGGCCUGGCUGGCUAUGUGUACAAGGCGGCCAGCGAGGGCAAGGUACUGACUCUGGCCGCCUUGCUUCUCAACCGGUCUGAAAGCGACAUCCGCUAUCUACUUGGCUAUGUCAGCCAGCAGGGAGGUCAGCGCUCCACGCCCCUCAUCAUCGCAGCCCGCAAUGGGCACGCCAAGGUGGUGCGCUUGCUGUUAGAACAUUACCGGGUGCAGACUCAGCAGACUGGCACCGUCCGCUUCGACGGGUAUGUCAUUGAUGGUGCCACUGCUCUUUGGUGUGCUGCAGGAGCUGGACAUUUUGAAGUGGUUAAACUUCUAGUCAGCCAUGGAGCCAACGUGAACCAUACCACAGUAACUAACUCCACUCCCUUGCGGGCAGCAUGCUUUGAUGGCAGACUGGACAUUGUGAAAUACUUGGUGGAAAAUAAUGCCAACAUCAGCAUUGCCAACAAGUAUGACAACACCUGCCUAAUGAUUGCAGCAUAUAAGGGACACACUGAUGUGGUCAGAUAUCUUUUAGAACAACGUGCAGAUCCUAAUGCUAAAGCACAUUGUGGAGCCACAGCAUUGCACUUUGCAGCUGAAGCUGGGCACAUAGAUAUUGUGAAAGAGCUGAUAAAAUGGCGUGCAGCUAUAGUAGUGAAUGGCCAUGGAAUGACACCAUUGAAAGUCGCUGCCGAAAGCUGUAAAGCUGAUGUUGUUGAACUGUUACUCUCUCAUGCUGAUUGUGACCGAAGAAGUCGGAUUGAAGCUUUAGAACUCUUGGGUGCCUCCUUUGCAAAUGACCGUGAGAACUAUGACAUCAUGAAGACAUACCACUAUUUGUAUUUAGCCAUGUUGGAGAGGUUUCAAGAUGGUGAUAAUAUUCUUGAAAAAGAGGUUCUCCCACCAAUCCAUGCUUAUGGGAAUAGAACUGAAUGUAGAAAUCCUCAGGAAUUGGAAUCCAUUCGGCAAGACAGAGAUGCUCUUCACAUGGAAGGCCUUAUAGUUCGGGAACGGAUUUUAGGUGCUGACAAUAUUGAUGUUUCCCAUCCCAUCAUUUACAGGGGGGCUGUUUAUGCGGAUAACAUGGAAUUUGAACAGUGUAUCAAAUUGUGGCUUCACGCCCUGCACCUCAGGCAGAAAGGUAACAGGAACACCCACAAGGAUCUUCUUAGAUUUGCUCAAGUUUUCUCACAGAUGAUACAUUUGAAUGAAACUGUGAAAGCCCCAGACAUAGAAUGUGUUUUGAGAUGCAGUGUUUUGGAAAUAGAACAAAGUAUGAACAGAGUAAAAAAUAUUUCAGAUGGUGAUGUCCACAAUGCUAUGGACAAUUAUGAAUGUAAUCUGUAUACCUUUCUGUAUUUAGUGUGUAUCUCUACCAAAACACAGUGUAGUGAAGAAGAUCAGUGCAAAAUUAACAAGCAGAUCUACAACCUGAUUCACCUUGAUCCCAGAACUCGUGAAGGUUUCACCUUGCUGCAUCUAGCAGUCAAUUCGAAUACCCCGGUUGAUGAUUUCCACACCAAUGAUGUCUGCAGCUUUCCAAAUGCACUUGUCACAAAGCUCCUGCUGGACUGUGGUGCUGAGGUGAAUGCUGUGGACAAUGAGGGAAACAGUGCCCUUCAUAUAAUUGUUCAGUACAACAGGCCCAUCAGUGAUUUUUUGACCUUGCACUCUAUCAUCAUUAGCCUAGUUGAAGCUGGCGCUCACACUGACAUGACAAAUAAACAAAAUAAGACUCCACUAGACAAAAGUACAACUGGGGUAUCUGAAAUACUACUUAAAACUCAAAUGAAGAUGAGUCUCAAGUGCCUGGCUGCCCGAGCAGUUCGGGCUAAUGACAUUAACUAUCAAGACCAGAUCCCCAGAACUCUUGAAGAGUUUGUUGGAUUUCAUUAAGUGACUGGAUAUGUAAAAUUGUUUAAUGUGGUGCUAAAAAGUAAAGGACUUUAAUUACAGACAAUAGAAUUAUGUGUUCAUAAAUUCUACUUUUCUUUCCAUUAUGCUUCUUCCCAACCCAUUCUUUCUUGGUUCUGUAUCUAGUCUUCUUGCCUCAUGUGGUAAUUGAUUGCAAACACACUUUGAUCAAAGCCACGUUGUUUACGUGUAACUGUAAUCUAAGGUGUUUGGAUAUUGGUCACUUACCUAUUUUCUUUUUUUUUUUUUUUUAAGGAAUGAAUAUAAAAUAUUUUGUUUGUGUAACAAGGGACAUUUAUGAUUUCAAGUUGAUAAUGUUUUAAAACAGCUGCCUACAAAAGUAUUUCUUUUAAGCCUAUGUCACAUGUUAUCCAUGCAGCAGUUUUGAAGAUUUCAUUAAGAAAAAGAAGUAAAAAAGAGCAUUAAAAGUAAUGGGAUAUCCAGGUGUACUGCACAUGUCAAACUGCUGUAGAUAGUUUUCACUCUUCCAUUAUUAACAUGGAGUGAUAUAACACAUUUUAACAUCAGGAGGAUUUAAAAAUUAUAGCUGCAGAUUAAUCUGAAAAAUGUGCUAAUUUAAUAAUAGUUACCAAUUUAUGAAGUUAAAUCCAUUGAAAUUGUUGCAUUAUGCUGGGUAGUAUAUGUAAAGUGAUAAUCUUAAACCAACUUUUCAGAGAAUAUUGAUGGACAUUUGCCUUUAGGCUUGAAUGCUUCGAAAUGUCUCUUAAUGUCAUUUGUCUAAAUUACAGCAGUCUGCAUUUGAUUCAGCUCACAGACAUGUAAAAAUUAUGAAUGAUGUGUUUUCUUAUGAAACAAAUUGUCACAAUAUAGUUAUACGUUCUAUUUUUGUCCUCUUCUCCCUUUCUUCCUGUGUUGUAUCUUUUAAAAUUUGGAAACUGUUUUUCCAGUGGACAUUAUUUGUGCCUCCCUUAUAAGGUGUUUAUGACAGAUGAAAAGGAACCAGGAUAUUUUUGAAUUUUUUCACUUUAUUUACUUAGUCUGCGAUAAGUAGAAAAUUCAUUAGUGUGGUAUAGGACAUUAAGUGUUUUUGAUGAAAAUAAUUCUCAAUGCCACUUAAAAGGUAUUUCUGUCUGACAGCUGCAAAUUUUUCAACCACAAGAUGUCACUUAUUCCAGCAGACUGUACAGAGGUCUUUAUGAUGAUUUUUUUGUGUUUUAACAGCAACAUUUAAACUGUCAAACUAAAAGUAUUCUGUGAUUAUCUUUUAAGCACAGAAAUUUAAGUAAAGGGUACACACCUAUUUCUAUUGAUGUUAAAAAUGAUAAUGAAAGUAAAAUUAGCUGUAUUUGUAAUUUUCUCUCUAGUGCCAAAUGAAUGCCUUAGCUACUCAUAGUGCAUGGUACUGUAAGUGAAGACCUGCAGCUUUUUUUUCCUUUAUGAAGAGCAUUAUAAUGAUGUAGCAACAUCAGAUAUAAACUUAAAAAAACCUGUAAGGUUUCAAUUAACAUCUUAUGUAUGGAUAUUGCUUUGUAAAGUAUUAAGAGAAAGAUUGCAGUUGGAUCAGUAUAAAACAAUGACCAAGCCAAAAUCAGCACCUAGGGCCUUAAAUAAAAUAGAGACACACCACAAAAUGAAAUACUUUGAAGGGUGGGAGGGGACGUAAGGGGAGAUUUCAAAAACUCUUUCCCCCAAGGAUGCUCUAUACUUUUUACAGUUCCUAUGUUAUACUUUGAGUGUCUUCUUGCUUCAGUUAGGAAUGUUUUGAUGGUAAAUUCUGUUGUGGCAAAAGAUUUCUAUUUUCCCAACCUGAGAUUUUACAAGGAAGGUUUUUUGGAUGGCUUAAAGGGAGGUAUUUGAAUGUACCCUAUUUGAAAAUUACUGACCUUGAUCCUCCUGGUGUGAAUCAAGGAGAUACUAUACCUUGCUCUCGGCAACUGUUGGUGGCCUGAAAGAGAAAAUGCAUUUCUUUAAGGUGGUUUAUUCACACCUUUUCCACAGCUCACAUCAGACCCUUUAUUUUUCACACUGCAAUGCCUGUUUAUUGGACAGUCUGAGGAAUAGCUAGGAUACUUGGUAUUCGGUUGGUUCCAUUAUUAAAGUAUGUAAGUUUUAAACACCAAAACUUAAAAUAUCAGACAAUGUUGCAUGUUUUAAAAACAUAUUUCAUCCCACUGGCUACCCAGGACCAGCACUGUUUAUGACACUGCUUAUUUAUAAAGUGAAGAUAAUGAUUGUAUGUACAUAUUCUGACAUCAAAAUUUAAUGACAGUGUUUUUGAGAGGGAAGACUGAAUGCUGGAGAAAGUAAAACUAUGCUGAUUGAAAUGCCGACAAAAUUGGAGAAAUAAUUUGAAGACAGUGGAAUACAUUAUGAACUGUGUUAAUGGUAACUAGAUUUUUGUUGUUUAUUAUAGUAUAGUAGUACAUUGUGCACUAUCUUGUUGAGGAUCUAAUUCUGUCUUGUAAAAUCAAUCAGAAUGUGAAUUGUGAAACACCUGUAUAAAACCAUUCUUGAAACAA